AAAAGAGGGGGCUGUCUCCACAGCGACUGAGUCGAGCUGUUUGAGUCACAUGGCCCUGGGUUUCUAUUGAAACCAGUUAGAAGAGGCUUGAAGCUCAGCCUUUAGUCCAUGUUUUGGAAACCAAUGGCAGCAACAUGAGCGAAGCCCAACAGGACGGCGCAAUGACGGCAGACAGCCUCCAUCUGAACAGGACGGCAGCUUUGGGACUACAUGACCAGGACAUGAACACAGCUCUGUUUGAGUUCAAAGUGUUUAACAUUGUCAUCAUUGCCCUGGCCUUGUGCAUCCUCACUAUCACCGGCCUGUACUGCAUCACUGUCUGCUACAACCGCACCAGGCAGUCAAAGAGAGCCCACGUGUAUGAGAGUGCAGUGACCCAAGGCGAGCCGGCGGACCCUGUGGCGGUCAAAGCAGUGAAGAGGUCCACCAGCUUCAUCAACCCUCUCGCCUUCUUCAGGAAACCAGAGGCAGCAAAGGACAACUCCAGGAUCUACUACAUCUACAGUAACCCUCUGCCUGUAGGACUGAAGGAGGAAGAGGAGGAGGGGGGGACUAAAGCCCCUCAGAGACCAGUAGAGCAAACUGCACUGAAGCUGCCGUUGUCAUUUCAAGAGUACGCCAAUGAUCCCAACAGUGGCGUCACUCUGGACCCUCCGAUUUUUUACAUGCAGCUUUAAUAGGUGGUGAAGAGUUCUGCUGUGGGAGUGGGAGGGAGAAGUUGUCUGAAUGCUACGAGGCGGGCAGAGACACCGGAAUCUGAAAGGUCUGAGGUCCUUUGACCCCUGCAGCUGUGUCUGUCAAAAGUUAUGUCACCAUGUACAUGUCAUUAAAAGGGCACUCCACUGA